UACAAAAUAGCCGUCACUCACUCCAACGCCUAAACAUGGCGACGCUCAAAGAAAUCCUAACCCGACGUCCAGUGGCGGCGACGAUCCGGCUGACGGUGCCGGCGGGCGCCGCAAAGCCGGCGCCUCCGGUGGGGCCGGCUCUGGGUCAGUACCGGCUGAAUCUGAUGGCGUUCUGCAAGGAUUUCAACGCCCGAACCCAGAAAUACAAGGCCGAAACCCCAAUGGCGGUGACGAUUACGGCGUUCACCGACAACACGUUCGAGUUCACGGUGAAGUCUCCGUCGGUGACGUGGUACCUGAAGAAGGCGGCGGGGAUCGAGACCGGGAGCGGGCGGCCGGGGCACGUGAGCGUGUCGACGAUAACGGUGAAACACGUGUACGAGAUCGCGAAGAUCAAGCAGAGCGAUCCUUACUGCCAGUACAUGUCGCUCGAGUCCAUUUCUAAGUCCAUUAUUGGGACCGCCAAUUCCAUGGGGAUUAAGGUGCAGAAAGAGCUCGAUUAAUUUCAGAUUUCAGAAAUUUAGGGUUCAUUUUAUUCAAGGAAAUUAUCACCUGUUGAGAUUGAGAUUAUAAAUGAAUGAAUCGUGCUUGUUGUUUGUCAA